AUAUAAUUCGAAGAUUGAAAGGUGGCGCCAUUGCUUGCACUUCUCUCGGCCUCAGGGGGGCGCUGCAGCCGCUUCUCAAGCAAGUCUUCCAGAAUCUACAGAUGUCCUGAGGAGCACCUUAACGGUGAAUGUCUGGCUGGUUCGGAUUUCCACCCUCUGGACCGGGUUGGAUCGCGCUGACACGGACAAAAAAAAACUAAAAAAGGAGGGUUAUCGCUUGCAGCGAAGGUUUUCUGUGCGUGGGGGCGCCGGCUGUGGUUACGGAUGGUCGUGUUCUGGACAUGCCACUGACUGUGUGAAAAUAUCUGGACCGGCACCGCGAUGCCGCAACUGGAGCCGGUACGGACUUGUGCCCUGGGGGAUAUGUGGGUGUGAUGAAUGACCGUGGGCUGAGGGAGACUCUGCAGCGAGCCAUCGUCUUCCUCUUCCCCGUGAAGGGAGCGCGCAGCCCGGCUGCGGAGGACAGGCGUGCCGCCCCCGAACCGCAUCUCCAGGAUGGCAGGUCCUCCUGAGUCCGGCUCGCGUAGCUGUCCUGGAAGCAGUCUGUGUUUCCAGCUGGACAUCUAGGUCGGUAUCAGGUCCAGAACAGUGAUGGGUCCGGUGACGAUAGAGUGCAGCCACACCGUGACUGUGCUGUUGCCUUUCUUUGCGACGUUGGUUUCCACAGUGGCACCCAGUGCACCUGGUGCAGGUGUGCAAGACUUGAACAGAACAAGGACUCCAGCGAAUCCGUCAGCACUGGUCUCACUAUCGGACCCCCCUGUCAGAUCCCCCAGCCCAGCUGUAGACUCUGCUGCAGCAGAGAACCCAGACUCUGGUGCACAGGGCAUCCACCUCUUGUUGAGACCCCCAGAUCUCCUGUCCCCCAGUCUUCCACCGCCUCUACCACCUCUCAGCCUGCCCACCCUGACUCCCCAUCCCUCCUGGGAUCAGGGCCCGUCUCUGGAUGAGGCUUGGGGCUCUGGAGAUUACCUGGAGACUUUGUCUUUCAUGGUCCCAGACGUUGAUGACCUUACUCUGUCCACUCCUCUGCCCAGCCAUCCCUACGAUGAUGGUGACGACUGGGCUUCCUACGACAGUUCCUUUCCAGGACGUCCCACCCUCCCACUCUCGUCGCGGCUCCUUCUGUCGCCCACCCCAAGCAUCCCUCUACACACACGGCCAUCCCAACCAGACGUCUUCCCCACCUGGGAUGAAGACUACGACCUUGAAGACAUGCUGCCCCUUGAGCCAACAGAGGUGUUGUUGCCAGACAUGAACAGUCUGGAGUACUACACCAACCUGCUGGCCCGGGAGCGGGAGAAGGGACAUGACCACAUCAACUGGACCGGCUUCAAACCCUCCAUCUCACCUACAAUAACCCAAAACCGCACCACUACAAGUUCAGGACCUGCAAGAGGUCUUGAGCCACAACAGGAGGACACCACUUCCCCUUUCACCUUUCCACCGUCACCUCCUCCAGUUUCCACACCAGCCCAGCCAACCUUCAAAGAUCCAUCAACCCUUCCUCCAGUGAUGAAACCCAAAGAUCGGACCGUAGUCCCAGAUUUAUAUCCCCCUUCCAACACCACCAGCACAGUCCCUCCUCCACCACCACUUGCACCACCCACCCGCCCUGACAGACCGGAGAAACCGGUGGUAGUCACGGCGAAGCCAGCGAGGACCACACCAAAGACUACCACCACCACGACUCGUAGAACUAUCACCACCACUCGCUUCACAGCCAUCAGCCUGACCAGAGCCCCACCAGUCACCACAACCAGGGUGGUCCAGACCCCACCGACCCGGCAGUACCUGUGCAACAUCACUAAGCCUGAUUCGUACCUGGUCAGAGUUGGAGGUUCCAGAACGUCAUCGGCAGGUUUCAGUCAAGUCAGAGAUCUGCUGAGGAGAGAGUUCAACCGCUCAGUGGAGCUCCAGUUCCUCAGAACACCAUACAGCUUUGACUUUCGAGUGGUGUCGGGUCCACUGAUCUACACCACCAUAUCGGUCCUCAAUGCCCUCCGUCGACUUCCUCGAAUCCCCGGCCCCAUAUCCUCCUUGUCCCCGCUCUACACUGUGCCCGACCUGCGCUAUCAGAUCCACUCCGUCGUGCAGUUUGUACCAGCAUAUGUGGACAUCAGGGUCUGUAACUUCAGCGAGCAGGUGGAAAGAGGGCUGAUGAUGGCGUACAUGGAAAGUCGGCGGCGGUCACACGAGGUCGGCAAUGUCACAGUGCAGCUGUUGAACAUCACGUUUGCUGUUUCCACACCGGCACCAGGACAAAAGGUUCCUGUCGACAUUACGUUUGCUGUUCGUGAUGGACGGGGCUACCUCCUGGGGUCAGAGGUCAGCCAGCACUUGAGAAUGCUCAGCAUCGUCGAGUUCAGCUUCUAUAUUGGGUUUCCAGUGCAGCAGAUCGCAGAACCCGUCCACUACCCAGAGCUGAACACUUCUCAUCACCUACGCUUCACCUGGGUCCGCACUGUUCUGCUCGGAGUUCAGGAGCACAUGGUGGCUGAGAGAAGUUUCAAGGCACGUCUGGAGCGACGGCUCGCUCUGCUGCUGGAGGAAGGUCUGGCCUUGACCACCAGGAGGCGCUGGAGGAGAGCAACUGCAGUGGGCAACAACAGCCUGCAGGUGGUGCGUGUGACAAGGCUGUCCGGGCCAGAGCGCCCCCUGGAGGUGCUAUAUUUUGUGGAGGGACCAAGUGGGGAGAGAAUCUCAGCUGAAAUAAUGGCCAACACCCUCAACAGACUGGACCUUCAGAGAGCUGCCAUUGUUCUGGGACACCAAGUCCAGAGACCGCUAGCUCAAGCCGUGGAGACCGUGUCCGUCCCUCCGGCUGAGACGCCAAGCAGCAGCAUCUGGCUGAUCGUGGGCGUGGUUGUUCCUGUUCUCCUGGCUGUCUUCAUCAUCAUCAUCCUCUACUGGAAGCUGUGUGGCUCAGAAAAGCUUGAGUUCCAGCCAGACGCCAUCAACACCAUCCAGCAGAGACAGAAGCUCCAGGCUCCAAGCGUGAAAGGGUUCGACUUCGCCAAGCUUCACCUGGGGCAGCACAGCAAGGAUGACAUCAUGGUGAUCCAAGAACCCGGUGCGAUCCCUGCUCCCACUAAAGAAGCAACCCCAUCUGACGGAGGAGACCUGAACACCCCCAAAUCAAAGGGAUCGUCCACCAAAGGGGCUCGGUCAGGACGUCGCAGGGGCAGACUCAGCCCUUCAGACGGCGACUCAUUGGGCAGCGAUCAGUCCAGCGGUAGAGAGUCGGGUGAGGAGAGCACUCGGCCUGUGGCCACGCCCAGUGAAGGGAAGCAACAGAGGAGGACGCCCAAAAAUGGAAGGAGCAAACUGGCUGUCUCGGGCAGCGGCCCCGAUGAGUUGCUGUCGUCGUCUUCCAUCUUUGACCACGUGGACCGUCUGUCCCGCGGCUCCUCAGAUGGAAACCGCCGCCAGGCUAAUAAGGUGCAGCUGAUUGCGAUGCAGCCACGCCCGAGCCCACCCACUCAACCGGCCUCACAGCCGAGCCCCACCCUGACAGAGAAGGUUAACACAGAGGUGGCGCUGCGUCACAAAUCUGAGAUGGAAAACCAGAGGAACAAGCUGCGGCAGCGUGCUAAGAGGCGGGGUCAGUGCGAGUUCCCGUCAAUGGACGACAUCAUGGAUGCGUUUGGGGACGGCCCGGUGCAGAGCGAGGUGGCCCAGCGCCUCUACAGCUCUGCUCAUGACCACAUGGACUGCAUCCUUAAAGGGGACACGCCCUCCCCACCCACGCCCACCGACUCCAGAAAGAGCAGGGGGAGGCGCUCUCCCAGGGGGAGGCGGCCUCCGCCAGGACCUGGAAGCCUCCCUGACACAGAUAGAGAUCGGCUGCUAACUGACCAGAGCGCCACCUACAGGAAAUAUCCGGGUUUAAACAAUGUGGCUUACAUGUCAGAUCCUGACCUGCCCCCUGACCACGGCAGCCCCUCCCCGACAGAUGAAGUCUUUGACUCAGCUCCGCCCCCGCCUCCCUACAUGCCCCCCCAGCCGUCCAUCGAGGAAGCCCGACAGCAGAUGCACUCCCUCCUGGAUGAUGCCUUCGCUCUGGUGUCGCCAUCGUCGCAGGGCAGCGCCGGGGUGAGCGGGGUAAGCCCUGCUUUACCCAGUCCCUCUCCCAUGCCCCGCCCGCCGGGCAGGCAGUGGAGCUCAUACCCAGCAGCCCCCUCCCACAGUCCCUUCUCUGCAAGAUAUGCCGAGCUGGGGAUGUCGCCCACGUCGGUGCAGGGUCUGCUGACCCGGCAGGGCCUAAAUUCAGGAGGUUACAUUGCUACAUCAGAUCAGCUGCAGGAGCCUGUUUACUCCAACAGAGGGCAGUACGAGGACCCGCCUUCUUCCUCAAGACCACGGCCUGUUGGGGGCAGCACAGGUGCUCAGCUCCACCACCUGACCCAGGUGGGCUUGUCCAGCCAGAUUGGUGCGUAUCCAGGGGUUGGUCGGAGCAUGUCAGGCCCGACAGGCUCUAGCUGGAACCAGCAGCACUCAGACCAAGACCUGUCCAGAUCUGGCGCCAGCAGAGAGAGUGUGCUGUCAUUUCCGGAGUUCUCAUCCUCGGCGGUAUUCCAGAUGCCCAGUUCUUCUUUGCGAGACCCGUCUGCACCGCCGCUCCUCCUGACCUCCCCCACUCCAGAGUAUCUGCCGGACGACGCCUCACCGUCAGCUCAUACCUCCGCCUCCCUCAUCAAAGCGAUCAGGGAGGAGUUGCGGCGGCUGGCCCAGAAGCAGGCCGCCAUCACCAGCUACCCCUAGGACGGGCUCCGCCCCGGGGAGGAACUGGACAGAAACUGAUUUGCACUCUGGACUCCAACGAGCCCAUAACUUCCAACCAUGCUCCAUGGAUGACCUCCGGUACUUUACAGGGUCCAGUGUCUCGACCAUCUUGAUGCACUUUGGGACAAAAGUGCUUCGAUCACCUUCAAUCACAAACCUGUAGGUGCCCUGAGUCGGUCCAUCAGGAAUGUUUGAGCGUUGGAAUCCAGGACAUUCCUCAAGCUCUGGAGUCGAUGGGCCCACAACCUGCGGAACAGAUCAUCCGUCUGGACUCUCAUAAUUGUAGAUUGUCCAUCCAAAAUCUUAGACAGUGGUGCUAACAUCAGGCUCGUACAUCUUACUUUGUCGCCACAUUGCCUUCCACAGUCUUGUCGCACCCGUAGAUGUGUCUUAGCUCAUCCACCAUUUCAGUAUGGCCUGUGCACAGUUGGAGGUGGAACAUACUAUAGAUAUAUAUAUAUAUAUAUAUUUCAGUAUAAAUAUAUAUGAAUACAUAGCUAUAAGAUACAUAUGAUAUAUGUAAAGAGAUAGAAUACUGAUGAGCACAAUAUUAAUGUCAGAGUUAUUAUCAAAGUAUUGAGAUGUUUUUUAUUGGUUUAUUUUGAUCAGAAAAAGACAGAGCUAUUGUUCCCUUUUGUGUUUGAGCUCGCUGUAUUUGGAGCAAAUGGUUAAUUUGUGAGUGUUAUUGUUGUUUGGCAUAGCUGCUCGCUGGCGUGUUCAUGUACAUGUAGUGGCAACUAAAAAGAAAUUGAAGCUGACUCAUUGCUUUGCUAAGAAGCUCAUCACUGAUCUGUUGCAUCCAUCUGUUGGUGAGCAGAACUACGUCAGGAGAGCGGGGAUGUUUGUCCACACGGGCUGAAUCUGCUUCACUUCAGCAGGAGAACAAACAAUUCUAAAUAUGUGUUUCUGACCCUUUAAUAUUCACUCUCUUGCAGUGUUGUUUCAGUACCUGCACCAUUGUUGGGUUUUCACAACAUCAUCUGAAGAAGUUUCUAGGAAACGUAUUUUUAAAUUUGUUUCUUGCUUGGUUUUCUCUUGCAAAAUUUUUGACCACGGACAUAGUUCUGUAUGAUCUAUCACUCCUACUACAACUAAAGUGAAGUGUUUCGACUCCUGAAGUUGUGUGUCAGCUUGCGCUUUGUUGUCUCGUAUCACCUGACAUUUGCCUAUUUGACAUGCCUGGAGCAUUAUGCCUUGCAAAGUUGACACAAGGUUGGGUCCCCUAACUUUGCCAACAUCUGACUCAUAAAUGAACAUUCUAUGUUUUUUACUGUUUGGAUUUUUGCUAGAUUGUGUCUUGAAUUAUGUUGUGCCUGGUUUUCAGUUGCUAUUUAAGUUGCUAAGUUGCAUAUUUAGCUCCAAAAUCCAGAUGGAAAUUGCCUCUAAUGUUUUGCAACCGGAAGUCCGCUACAGUGUCUGCCGGUGGGACGGGACGGCUGGUUAUAUUGCAGCGCCUCGAAGACAGCACAUCUCCUGACUAGUUCUGUCAAGCGUCAUGAGCAUGUUCCGUUGCACUGGAUGCUUCAGCUGCACGUGGUGUUAAUGUUAGCAUGCUGCUAAAAUGUUCUAUAGUGUUGAAAAUUCGCUGUUCCAUAAUACCAUCAAUCAACAACAACAACAAAAAAAUAAACAUGAUUUUCAUAUUUUUGACCUGAAUAAAUGCAGUUGACGUUUUAAGAGAAAGAAGAGUGAAUGUUUUAGGCGAUGCGGUGAUCUGCCUGACAGUAGGACAGCAGAAAUAAUGCAACCCCCUCACAUGGUGCUUAUUCAACGACUGACAGAGGAUCUCCUAAUUUUUUGAUCCACUCUCAAAUAAAUGUGUCAUGUUGCUUUAACAUCAUGUUGGAACUUUUAUUAACAGACUGAAACCCAUGUACACCUCACUGGUUUUCUUUACAUCUCAAUUUGCUUCUUGUGCUUCCAACUCUGCUUCCAGUCUUCGCUAUGUCAUCAUUAAACA